CUUUAUCGCUUCCGAAAAUCCCUGAAUCCGCCUCGAACCCCCUAUAAUACACAUGAGAUCCUCUGAAGCUUCUAAGAACGAUUCUGUAACGCCCACUCAAGACCCCCUAACGCCUCUGAAUUAAUCCAAUAUCGAGUAUUUUCUUAAAAAUAUAGGGUUCUUUCUAUACUACAACAACAGGGGCCACUAAUGACAAUAUCAUCAAUUCCCUUACAUAACAACUUAGAUCCAAAAUGUCUCAUCCUUUUUGGAAUACUCUUACCUAAGUUAAGUUUUACAACAUUUUUUGUUUUCUGAACAAAAGCAAUGGGUAACUCUCGCUGAGACCGUCCCACUAUUUACACCAUGUCUUCAAAAAUGUUUAAGGUGGCGAUUUUCUGAAAGUCCUCCCCAAAAAAGUAAGGAAAAUGCAUUUGGUUAAUCAAAUUGUUGGACCCCCUGUUAGUUAGAGCCACAAGCAUUUUGGCGGACCCCUCGAUUUUUGUCAAUUGUUGGUUCAUUUAAACCGUUAUAACUCGAAAGUUUCGCCAGAAACCACCUAAAAACUAUAGGUUGUUGAAAAGAGAGAAGAUAGGGCAACUAUUUACAGUUAUAAAAAGUUGGGUCGGCCAUAUUGAUUUUGGCCGCCAUCUUGGAUUUUUAUACCAAAACUGUUUUUUCAUCAUGUUGGCAACCACCGAUUUUCAAAAUUUUUGCUUCAAUCGAAAGCGGGGACAAUUUUACACAACAUAUCAAAAAUUUAGAGAUGUAUCUUUUUCCUAUCAAAAAUUAUCUGCACUUUUGUGAAUCAUGCCACUUUUGCGCACUGGGCUAGGUGCCGAUUGUUUACAUAAAUGCAGCGUUAUUUCACAGUGUUUACGAACAUUUAUUCUAAAUCUGAAUCCACUAAUGAAAAGUUGAAAGUUUCAGCUUUUCAAAACACCAAAAAAGUUUAAAAAGCAAUGCCCGCAUCGUUGAGAAACAGUUAAAAAUGAGAACGAUCCUCCGAUUUGCCCUAAUUUUGCUGCAGGUGCGUUUGUGUAUACAAGCAGGCGCCAACUUUGAUGCUGUUGCGUGUCAUUGCCGGUGCGCAUGGAAAUGUAUGGAGAAAACGUGUCAUGAUUUACAAAAGUGCAGAUAACUUUUGAUAGGAAAAAGAUACAUCUCUAAAUUUUUGAUAUGUUGUGUAAAAAUGUCCCAGCUUUCGAUUGACGCAAGAAAUUUGAAAAUCGGUGGUUGCCAACAUGGUGAAAAAAAUGUUUUGGUACAUAAAUUGAAGAUGGCGGCCGAAAUCAAUAUGGCCGACCAAACUUUUUAUAACAGCAAAGAGUACCUCUAUCUUUGCUCUUUCCAACAACCUAUAGUUUUAAAGUGGUUUCUGGCGAAACUUUCGAGUUAUAACGGUUUAAAUGAGCCAACAAUUGACCAAAAUCGAGGGGUUUGCCAAAAUGCUUGUGGCUCUAACUAACGGGGGGUCCACCAAUUUGAUUAACCAAAUGCAUUUUCCUUACUUUUUUGGGGAGGACUUUCAGAAAAUCGCCACCUUAAACAUUUUUGAAGACAUGGUGUAAAUAGUGGGACGGUCUCAGCGAGAGUUACCCCAAUAUCAAUCGUCAGACCAAAGUCAAAGGUAACCCCGAAGGUUGCAGAAAUCGUAAUUGAAAGCAUUGGCAUUAACAACUCACUGGUCGUUGACGUCCUUAGGCGCUUCCGCCUUAUUCAUAUCCAAGUUAAAAUUGUAAUGUAUUUUAAAUUACUUCUUUUCUAAACUCGCCUCCAUAUAUAUACUGUGUUCGCCAGCCCCAUUGCACCAUCAAUCAGUUCGCAGUAGUCCUCACAACCAGUCCACCAGCACCAUGAAGGCAAUCGUCGCAUCCGUUCUAGUCCUGCUCGCCCUAAGUCACACCACUCGAGCCGAUGCAUCCGCUCCCGAUGAUGUUCCGGCCACCUGUUUGAACAAAAACUUCAACGUCGAUCCGUUUGAGUGCUGCAAAACGCCCAAACUCCUCGACGAAACCGUCGUCAAGCAGUGCGUCAAAUCGUACCCUCCACCGCAGGACGUCAAGGAUGAAAUCAAACCAGAUUGCAUGUCUGAGUGCGUGAUGAACAGUACGCAAAUCUUCGACCGCCGGCAAAACGUGAACGACGCCAAAGCGAUGGAAACCUUCCUGGAGAAACUGAACGGGAAAUCGGUUUGGGCCGACAUCGUCCAGAAGGCCGUCAUGCAGUGCCUGGACGACGCCGACAACCGCAAGGAGGAGUUCAACCGAGACAUGAAAGCUCUGCAGCAGAGGUUCCCCAAGGAGCGCAUCUGUUCACCGGCCGCCGGAUUCAUCAUGGAGUGUGUUCACGUGGUGGUUUAUAAGAAUUGUCCAGCUUCCGUAUUCAAGGAUAGUUUGACAGGAUGUCCCGCGAUCAAGAAGCAUUUGAAUGUAGAUAACUGUCCAUUCUACACGAUUUUCCCGGAAAAGAAGGGCAACAAGGCUAAGAAGCAUUAGAUGGUC